AUGUCCUGGACAAAUUUAUGUGUUGAUUUCAAACUAAGAAAGGCGCGCAAAGGCGGAAGCUAUACAUGGCACUGUCUUUACUCGUCUCUGCCUCCAACGAACCUGCCAACUCCGAAUAAAGGGACACCUCUUUCCGGUCGUGAUCACCUAAGCCGUGGCGCAACGCAUCCUCCGAGGCUAUCCGUGAAGAUAUUCUUUUCUCGGUUAGACGUAUGUGUAUGCGCGCUUGUGUACUUCUUGCUCUACUUGGAUGGUGGGAUGCUUUUCUAUCACUAUGUCUUUGGAUUCUCAGAGUGGGAAUUUCACGAUUUUUCGAAGGCAGUAAGUAAGAGAUUUUAAGGAGUCGAGAUUUACUACUUUUAGUUACUGCUUAAAUUUAAUUCAUCCUCAUGUUUCUGGCGCACGGAUAAGUAGUAAGGGUCUGUUAUUCGCAGUCCCACGGCGACAGUGAUGCACGCGCCACAUUUUUCAAGAUGAUUUAAUGAUGCAGCUCGAAUGAAGAUCAACG